AUGAAUUCAAACAGUUUCAACUUAAGCUCAACCGAUUCCUCUUCAUCUUCAUCUAACUCGGAUGAUGAGGGAAGGGAGCUUAGAGUUCAACAAUGUAAUGAAGUGUGUCUUAUGAUACAACACGUAAUGCAUGAGUACAUUCCACCAAUUAUUCAAGCUGCCACUCAGCAACGCCGACGCAAAUCUACUGAGCCCCGAAAGGAUAGGGGACGCGAAGAAGGUCAUGCACGGUUAUACAAUGACUAUUUCGCGGAAGUCCCAGUUAAUCCAAGUUCCUUGUUCCGGCGCCGGUUUCGAAUGCGUAAACAUGUGUUUGAGCGCCUUCUUAACGCAGUGACCCAACAUGACCCUUGGUUUCAACAAAGGCGAGAUGCGGCAGGUCGUCUUGGGUUGUCUCCACUUCAAAAGUGCACUGCGGCCGUUAGACAACUAGCUUACCGGUGUGCUUCAGACGAUUGUGAUGAGUAUGUCCGUAUAAGUGAGGCUACUUCACGAUUGGCACUCCAAAAGUUUACAGAAGGUGUCAUCAACCAGUUCGGUGAUCAGUACCUACGCCGUCCAAACAUUGCAGAUAUGGAAAGAUUGCUACGUAUUGGGGAAGAACGUGGAUUUCCUGGCAUGAUAGGCAGCAUUGAUUGUAUGCACUGGGAGUGGAAGAACUGUCCACACGCAUGGAAGGGGCAGUAUCAAGGAAGAGCAGGAGUUGCAACUCUCGUACUGGAGGCAGUUGCGGACAGAGAUCUAUGGAUAUGGCAUUCGUUCUUUGGGAUGCCAGGUAGCUGCAACGAUAUUAAUGUGCUUCAUCGAUCCCCUGUGUUCGAAGACGUCUUAGAGGGUCGAACACCUGCUGUGAACUUCGUAGUCAAUGGUCAUCAUUAUACGAAUGGUCCACAAGCUCGUAAGGAUCGUUUAUUCGCAAAACACCAGGAAGCUGCAAGGAAAGACGUUGAACGCGCAUUUGGGGUCCUUCAAGCUCGUUUUUCCAUUAUUAAAAAGCCGUCUUUGGCGUGGGAUACCGAUAUACUCCACAAUAUCAUGCUCGCCUGCAUCAUAAUACAUAAUAUGAUCGUUGAAGAUGAACGAGAGACGUAUCAAAAUAACGUUAAUACCAAUGAGUUUAUGAAUGCUGGAGGCAACGCUAAUGAGGACACUACCGAGUACCGUACUGAUCGUAUUGUGGAUAUCGGCUUAUACUUGACUCGUAGAACAGAGAUUGAGGAUCAACAGACUCAUUUGCAGCUAAAAAACGACUUGGUCGCACAUAUAUGGAAUAAAUUUGGUAACAACGAGAACUUACGCAAUUAG